GACACCAAUAGCAAACGGAGAUCAGCUGAGACGCGUGAACGGUCGUGAAGCCGCGCGUGAGCCCUCGUCGCAUUUGAAAACUUUUUAGCGCAGCGCGAGCACCGGCAGGCGCGAGCUCUUCCCUCUCCGUUAUACCUCUCCCGUGUAGCCUGUUUAUUUGGAUUUGGAUCUUUCUCUCUUUCGCACGCGCGUUCCUCACAUAAUACACUAUACACGCAUUAGACACGCGUUUCGUUUUUUAUUUAUCUAUUUAUUCAUUUCCGGUUUUAGUGUUCAGGAGCGGUGCUUGGUUUGGUUUUGUCUGGUUUUGUUUGGUUUGGUUUGGUUUGUUUUCCUCUGCCGCAAUGCUGCUCGAGCAUCCUGGAUCGAGUUGUCAAAAUCCGGGAAAUUUCUCCAGAUACAGCUCGGGGCAAGAUAUCCCGGUGUGUGCAGGUUGCAGUCAGCACAUCGUCGACCGCUUCAUCCUGAAGGUGUUGGACCGUCACUGGCACAGCAAGUGUCUGAAAUGCAGCGACUGUCAGUCACAGCUGGCAGAGAAGUGCUUCACCCGCGGAGACGGCGUCUACUGCAAAGAGGACUUCUUCAAGAGGUUCGGGACGAAGUGUGCGGCGUGUCAGCAGGGCAUCCCGCCGAGUCAGGUGGUGCGGAGAGCGCAGGAUUUCGUCUAUCACCUUCACUGCUUCGCGUGCAUCGUGUGCAAGAGGCAGCUAGCCACGGGGGACGAGUACUACCUGAUGGAGGACAGUCGACUCGUGUGUAAGGUCGACUAUGAGACGGCCAAGCAGAGAGAGGCCGACUCGACAGCGAAAAGGCCGCGCACGACCAUCACAGCCAAGCAGCUGGAGACGCUGAAGAACGCCUACAACAACUCGCCCAAACCGGCGCGCCACGUCCGCGAGCAGCUGUCCUCCGAAACCGGCCUCGACAUGCGAGUGGUGCAGGUUUGGUUUCAAAACAGACGAGCAAAAGAGAAGAGGCUAAAGAAAGAUGCAGGAAGACAGAGAUGGGGACAAUACUUUCGUAACAUGAAGAGAUCCAGAGGAAGCUCCAAAUCAGAUAAGGACAGCAUCCAGGAGGAAGGCAUGGACAGUGACGCUGAGGUCUCCUUCACAGACGAGCCUCCCAUGUCUGAGCUGAGUCACUCGAACAGCCUCUACAGCAGUCUGAGUGAGAGUUCCCCGGCUCUGGGCCGUCAGGGCGGAGCUCACGCUACCUUCACCUUGGAUCACGGAUCCGUCCUGCCCCCUCAAGAUCAAUACCACGACAUCCGACCCAGCAGUCCAUACAGCCUAGCACAGUCGCCUGCCUCCCUUCAGCCUCUACCCAGGCAGCAGCCCCUCAUCUCCAGCCUGGUAUACCCUGAUCCCGGCUUGCCCAUUGUGGGCCAGGGGGGGCACGGCAUGGUGCCAGCCGGGCCGAACGGCCCCAGCUCGGACCUGUCCACCGGAAGCAGCGGCGGAUACCCAGAAUUCCCAGCGAGCCCAGCCUCCUGGCUGGACGAGGUCGAUCACAGCCAGUUCUGAUGAGGGAUUGAAACAGGAAUGACUUGGUUUGACUUUUGAAAAAUAUAGCCAGCUUCAGAGGAGGGAUGGAAGGGAAGUCAAACUCGUCAACUUUAUUAUCAUCUGCAUGGAUUGAAGAGUAGCAGUUUUGGACUCAUGGAUGGAGCUGAGACUCAAAACAAAUGAUCCAGAAACUUUUGCCCUCUCUAUUAUUUUGAGGACAGUUUUUACUUCUGAGAGACUGGAUCUGUUUUGGUGACAUAAAGAUCAACCAUUUCGAGCCUGACAAAAAAAAUAAAUAAAUAACAAAGUAGAAACUAUUUACUGCGAUGCCUGAGAUAACUAUCUGACCUCCAGCUUGUGGCAUCAUGUGCACUUUGUUAGUGCAUUAAAAUGAAAAGAGACAUUUGUAUGAAACAUCGCUCCAUUAAUGUGCUAUAGAUGUCAGAUUGGACUUUCGUAAGACCUCCGUUCUUCAUUUCUCUUCUCAGUGUCUAAGUGUAAACAUCACCAGUUUUUUGUGUCUGGUUGUUGCCAAAUGUCUCUAUCCAGUAUAUCACAACUCAGCAUUGUGGAUCCUUUAUUUUUAUACACAGUCUCCUCGCAAGUCACGAAAACAUUUAGUGCAUUUUGUGACCAGGAGUAGACAAGCUGUAGUUGUUGACUCUCGUUAUUCUAUAGGAUACUUCUAUGCAUUUGUGUGUUUUUGGAUGUAUCUUGUUCGUUUUCCUCAGCCUCAGCUUGCAGCUCCCAGGCUCCUCUAAGUGUUUAUGUGAAAGAUGUUUUAUGUCUUAUUUAUUCUCUCUGAUAAUGAUUAAGUGAUACAGAUCUUUAAUAAAUUUGUCAAUGAAAUCCAGACUUAGAUCUCGAUCUUAUUCACACAUCGUGUGUGUGUUUUUUUAAAGUCUCCUAUAAGGUCCGUUCUAAGCACAUUAUUUAAUGAACUAAUGGAUCAUUUGCACUGCUGUUACUUUGAAUAUAAAAGUUGGCUUUUAAACGUAGAUC